CAGCUUAACUUAAGCAACACAAUUUUAGCUAAUUUAAUCAACAUUUUUUUUCCUCUUUCUAUUUCCAGAUGGACAGCAAAUUUGGGAAUUGGAAGCUACAGUUGACAAAGACAAAAGCCAGCCGAGCAUGCUGUUCAUUGAAGUGCCUCCGUAUAGAGACCCAUCCAUUUGCCAUCCUGCCAAAGUCAACUUCUACGUAAUAAAUGGGAAACGGAAGCGCAGUCAACCUCAGCAUUUCACCUACAUGCCUCUACCAGUUCCCUCUAUUAAGAAAGAGCCAGUGGAUGAAUAUGAACCUGGUCCGAUGGGAUAUUCCUUGUCACAAAUGCUGGGGGUGUCUCCACAGCCAUACUAUAACCCUCGUGGGGUCAUCCCCCCAGACAGUGGUCUGGUACCUGGGCUCGUCCCCUGUCAGCAGACCCGCCUGGGUGUCUCCCCUCCAGACCACCGAUUUCAGCAGCAGAGUCCAGCCAUAAUGUACACCCGUCCUGGAAAGAGCUUGUCAAGCAGUCCUAUUUACUCUCAGACGGGAGCCACUAUGAUUCCAGACUCCCAUCGAUCAGUUCUGGUCCACACUGGUUCCCCAGCCCAGUCCUCUCAUCUGGCUGGCCAGCAUCCUUCCAAUCAGCAUCCCUCAAUCAUCCAGUUCUCUCCCACCAACCACCACCUGCUCAGAGGUGGGGAUCCUCCUGCGCCACCACCUCCAGAACAUCAACACAUCAUUUAUUGCGAGGGCUACAAUCAGCAUGGUCCUCAAGCCACAGCGGCAAAUCGUUCACCAGAACCAGCCCAGGCCCCUCAGCACCCUCAGAAUUACCCAACAGUCAUCCAACAACAGCCCUUCCUCCAGAGAGUGGCCAAAGACAGGUCACCACCUGUCCAAGCAGAGCCCCAGAGAUGUUCCUCAGCAGAAGAACAGAGAACCAGCGUUCCUGGACGUGUCACAGUCAAGCAGGAGAACUUGGACCAGGCCUACCUUGAUGAUGUGAAUGAGAUCAUAAGGAAGGAUCUGACAGGAGUGCCUGGCAGGGGUCAGACAUAGAGGAAACCCCUGAUUGGGAAGCACGCAGGACCCCUGGUGUGUUCACUAUUUCCCCGUGUAUCACCGUUCCCCUUCCUUCAGCGGUGCAGUGAAGCCCCUGACAAAAACUGGAUCAUUGACCACGUUUAACCAAACAUCCAUCUCCGUCUACUCCAGGAACAGCAGCGUGUUGAUGUGCAAAUGGUAUUAAAUUCCCCUGCUAUUAUAUGAUUUUUGAAAACUCGUCCAAUGUUGAUCUCAUAUGUCAAAGCUGUCAGAAACUCAAGCCUUCAUAAACAGUUUGGAUUGGACAGGUGGAUUUAAGUCCAUUUUUUCCUUUUUGUGGGUCUUUUAUUCCAUAGCCUUUUGACUCACAUCAAUUAACUCACUCAGAUUAGUGUAUUUCAAGCAAUAACCUCAUCAUCUGUGAGAAUAAACUAUUACUGUCCCCAAAACAAGAGGUUUGCACAUACUUCUGAAUGGAAAGUGGAUGAAUACAUAACACCAUUGACAUAUGUGUCUAAGAAUAGCCCUUUUUUAUUAUUAUUAUUAUUAGGUGAACCCACGUGUACAUCAAUCCAAAGUUAUGGGGGAAAAAAGCCUUAAUAUUUUAAUUACUAUAAGCAAAUGCACUGUUCAUGAAGGGAACUCUUCAAAACAGAUUAUGCACUUCUUGUCAGCGAAUUAUAUAUUAUUUAAGGUUUCUCAGCUAAAUGAGAUUUGUUUAUAAUCAUGUAGAUGCUGAGCUAAUAUAGCAAAAAAAAACAAAAAACAAUGAAGUGAUAUUUUUUUCUUUGUAAUGUAAUUUAACAGCUGUGCCUUUUCCUAAAGUGCCUUUUCCUAAAGUGCUGUCAUUCUACCAAAACGCAGAACAAGCGAACCAAAAAGGAAUGGAAAUACAUGUACCUUGUGUCAAGUCAGAGCCCAUAAUGCCCUGCACUACAUUAAGGUUCUGAAAACAUCUUUGUGCCAUACUAAAACUGUGUGGUUAUCAUAUUUUAUUAUUGUUUAUUUGUGUACUCGUGACCUUACCAGUUCCAUCUGUUCUACUUAUGAAUAUACAACACUUGAAAUAUUCAAGUUUUGUGUCCCAUGUUAAACUUUAGGUUAGAUUUAUAACAGAUCUGUCUCAUGGAGGAUUUUUUUUUAACUGCUUUGCUUUUAUGAUAUGCAUAUAUAUGUAUUGUGUAUGUAAUGUUUGUGUAAAUGUAGCACAUUCAUGGGAAUCACUUUCUGUACAUAGUAGAUGCAGUCUGCAUGUCUCCAACACAGUCACAUUCGUUUUCUCAUCUGAAUGCAAACUGAAAAAAUGAGAAUUUAUUGAAGUAACAAAUUAAUUAAUAAUUAAAUUAAUUAUUCAUUAAGAAGCAUCAGCUUAUGUUCAAAGGCUUCUUUCUGAAAGUAUUUUUGAAAGCAAUCCUGCCAACUUAAAAAUAAAAUUAAUAAGCAGUUAUGCAAUAUAUAUUUAUGUCUUUACAAUUUUGGCUGAAUAAUUAAGAGAGUUAUUUCAUUUGUAUUAUCUCAAAUUUAUUUUGGAAUACGUUAUAAAAAGAGUGAUGCUAAUGUUUCCAUGGAGCCAAUGUACAGUACAGUGGGCAUAACAACACAACUAUAUUCAGAAUGUAAACCUUUUCUUUUUAUUGUGAAUAGAUUGCUUCAAAAGUGUAAAGACUGUUUCAAUCAUUUGUUAUUUUAAGAAUCAGAUAGUCAAAAUAGGAAGAGAAUAUUUAUAUGAACUGAAUCAGUUGUUCUCUUUACAUUUAAUAUAUCUUAUAACCAAGGCAAUGAACUGCCAAAGCUUUUGCUGCAUAAAAACAAAUUGCAUAUAAUUUUUUAUAUAUUAAGGUAAAAUUCCAAAAGAGAGACCAAUUCUAUUUUUUAUUUCAUUUGUCAUGAUUAUAUUCAUGUUUUGGCUUAAGCAUGUCUAACCUAAUAUGUUCAAACUGUUUUAGUUUUUUUAAUAAACCUAGCUGAGAACUGAAAGCAAUAAAACUGAAAGCUUUAACGAGA